AUCAACCAUCAAACCAAAUCUAGAACUCUUAACCAAAUGUACAACUGCUAAUUGUGACAGAACAGGUGGCGGGAUUUCUGCAUGCAAACUCCUCUUUUCUUUGGAGUACUUUACUUUCAGUUUGAGCGGCGUCCCGAUUUAACCGCGUUUUCUCGUUUCCUCUCUCUACGUACUGCUUUUUUUCUUUCCUUUUCUCUCUGCUCACGAGAAAGAGAGAACAAUCUGGUUUGUCAUCAUCAUUCAAUGUCCCCGUCCUGCCCUACUGCUACUCUCACCUUUUGCUUUUGCUUUUUUUUUUUGGCCCUUCUCCGAUAUCUUCUCUAGAUACAAAUAACCUGACUUCUAAGUUGCUUGCAAGUAUAAAAGAAUUGGAAUCGGGCUGCUGCUGGCUUGGCUUGGACAAUUUUGUUUAGGACUCGGAUCUGCAGAUCACCGUCUAGCUAGCUGCAAAUUUUUUUGGAGGAAACAAUGGAGAAGAAGAAGUAUCCAAUCGGUGCGGAGCAUUAUACCCUGUACGAGGAGGUCGGGACAGGCGUAAGCGCUUCUGUUCAUCGGGCGCUUUGUAUUCCGUACAAUGAGAUUGUCGCCAUCAAAAUUCUCGAUUUCGAACGCGAUAACGUUGAUCUGAAUAACAUUUCUCGAGAAGCCCAAACAAUGGUCCUGGUUGAUCAUCCAAAUGUUCUAAAAUCGCAUUGUUCGUUUGUGAGUGAUCAUACCCUAUGGGUGGUCAUGCCUUAUAUGGCUGGGGGUUCUUGUCUUCACAUACUCAAGGCUGUACAUCCAGAUGGCUUUGAGGAGACAGUUAUUGCAACCAUAUUACGUGAUGUACUAAAGGGAUUAGAGUAUCUUCACAGUCAUGGCCACAUUCAUCGAGAUGUUAAAGCUGGAAAUAUUCUCAUCGACUCUCGUGGUGGAAUCAAAUUGGGAGAUUUUGGUGUUUCUGCUUGCUUGUUUGAUUCAGGUGAUAGGCAGCGCACGAGGAAUACAUUUGUUGGAACUCCUUGUUGGAUGGCGCCUGAGGUUAUGCAAUUGCAUGGUUAUGACUUCAAAGCUGAUAUUUGGUCAUUUGGUAUAACUGCUUUGGAGCUUGCCCAUGGCCAUGCUCCUUUUUCAAAAUAUCCCCCAAUGAAGGUUUUGCUUAUGACCUUGCAAAAUGCACCUCCUGGUCUUGACUAUGAGAGAGACAAAAAGUUCUCAAAGUCCUUUAAGCAAAUGAUUGCUAGUUGCCUGGUAAAAGACCCUUCCAAACGGCCUUCGGCAAAGAAAUUAUUAAAACAUCCCUUUUUCAAGCAAGGAAGGUCAAAUGAUUAUAUAUCAAGGACGCUCUUGGAUGGUCUUCCUGCUCUGGGUGACCGACUUCAAGCACUUAAGAGAAAGGAGGAAGAUAUGCUAGCACAAAAGAAAAUACCAGAUGGGCAAAAAGAAGAAAUGUCACAGAAUGAGUAUAAACGUGGCAUCAGUGGUUGGAAUUUUGAUCUUGAAGACAUGAAGGCUCAGGCUUCCCUGAUCCAAGAUGAGGACAUUAUUGUUGAGAAAGACCAGAAAGGGAGUACGAAUUCACUCUCAAGUCUUGAUAUACAUGGAAAACAAUUUCAACGUCAAUUGUCUUCAGCCAGUCAAUUUGCACUACAGCGUCAAUCGUCAUUUGCAAGUCAAUAUUCAGAUCCUGAUGACAAUAAUCUGAUUACUCAUCCUUCGUCAGCUGAUUCUACCGUGGUCUAUAAUAUAGCUAAAAGCGAGAAAUCUGAUGAUGAUGCAAGCUGUUUCAAUUCAGUCCAUGAGCACCAGAACUCUAUCCCCCAGAUUGAGUAUCAUGCAGAAACUAAUUCUUCCAUAAGACCACAUCCAGAGACCAAUGGAAAAUUAGCAGAGAAUUUCAUGCCAUAUUCUCAUCAGAGUGAUAGUUUUCAAAGUCAGCCACAAAGCACAUCAAAUUACAAUGUUGAUCUUCCUCAUCAAGCAGUAAAUGAUGUGCCUUCUGAGACAAGUUCUAAGGCUUCCAAAACAUCAGUAAAUAGUGACGAACUAGAUGAAAAAGCAAAAUGCCCUGUUGUUCAGCAAAAAGGCCGUUUUAAGGUUACUUCCGAGAACGUCGACUUUGAAAAGGUUUCCCCUUCUCCAAUUCUUCAGAAAAGUCAGAGCAUGCAGGUCAUUUCACCACAGCCUGGUACAUCUAUACCAGUUACUCUAAGUGAGGCUGCGGUUGCUAUACCUCCUAAUCUUCCUAACCAAUCCUUUCAUUCAAUGCUGCAAUCAGUUUUGCAAACAAAUAUUGUCCAAAGGGAGAGUAUACUGAGUCUGAUGAAGCUACUCUCUACUGGGGAUAGUACAGUGGAUGGAGCAUGUGCAUCGGCAAAUGCAGCUAUGACAGAGAAAUCUUUGAUGGAGGCAGCUCAUGAUCGGGAGAAGGAAUUACUACGUGAAGUAACUGAUCUGCAGUGGAGGCUCAUAUCUGCCCAAGAAGAGCUUCAAAAAUGCAAAACAGAAAAUGCACAGGCUGAAUUUUGAUAUGCUUGAAGAGCAAUACAAUGAGGUUUAUGUUCGAAAGAGUAGUCAAAAUUAGGUUGGUGUUUGUACAGUUGGUCUCUUAAGUAGGUUAACAUAUUACUAUAGAUUACCAAUUCGUGCCAAUUCUGAGCCUGAAAUCGGCUUUGUGCAUAAUGAGCUUUUCAUUAAACUUUGUGAUAUCUAGUCACGAUCGUAUGGAGUAGACUCAUGC